AUGGGGAAAGAGGAAAGCCAGGGGUCCCCCUGAAGUUGGAACCCCACAAUGGUUGUGCAAGGUGUCCUCUGGAUCAUGUUCGGAUUGUUGCUGUGGCUGGAGCCAGGGACAGCAUCCCUGCCCCUGCUCAUGGACUCCGUCAUCCAGGUCCUGGAUACACUUGAACAGAAGGCACCAGCCACUGAGGCCAGCCACAGUGCCUCUGUGUGGCUGCAGUCAACCCAGAAUUCAGGCCCCCACAAGCCCCUCUAUCACUUUCUGCUGGAGGCGUGGCCUCUCAAGCCCGUAAAGCUGGAUCCCCUUCUACCGAGCCCAGAGCUUGGAGAUCUGGCCAAGAAGGUGUCCCAGCAUGGUGUGUGGGGUGGGCAGGAAUAUGGGGUGGUGUUGGCACCGGAUGGCUCAUCCGUAGCUGUGGAGCCUCUUCUGGUGGGACUGGUGGCUGGGCUGCAGGGGCAUAGGUUAGUAAAUUUGCCUAUGGACAGCACAGCCACCCCUCUAGAUGCCAGAGCCUCCCACCCAGAUACUAGAAUCAUGGUUCCUCAUGUAAGAACCACCUCCCCAGGACUCAAGCAUGCCUCUCCAGAUGUCACCUCUCCAGAUGUCACCUCUCCAGAAGUCCACAUUUCCAUGUCAGAUGCCACAACCAAGCCCCCAACUACUGUGGAUAGCCUCCUGGUGGUCACCCUGGCCGGAGCCCUAGGCCUGACCUUCCUCCAGGGCCCCAAGACGCAGAGCCAUCCAGGCCUGGGAACUGAUGGAUGCUGGGACAAGCUCUCUGCCCCCCAGAACUUCACACUCCUAGACCCUGAGGCAUCACUGCUUACCAUGGCCUUCCUCAAUGGUGCCCUGGAUGGGGUCAUCCUUGGAGACUACCUGAGCCGGACCCCUGAGCCCAGGCCACCCCUCAGCCACCUGCUGAGAAAGUACUAUGGAAGGGGGUUGACCAGAGACCCAGGGCUUCGAAGCAACUUCCGACGGCACAAUGGAGUAGCUCUCAUUUCAACACCCACCCUGACUCAACAGGUUUGGGGGGCCCUCAUCCUGCUACAGAGACUGGAGUCAGGCUACUCUCAGCUGCAGGGCAUGAGCCAAGGACAACUAGCAAAGAUAGCCACCCAUGCAAGCAAGGAGUUCACUGAAGCCUUCUUGGGGUGCCCGGCCAUCCACCCCCGUUGCCGCUGGGGAGCGGUGCCAUACCAAGGCAGACCCACGCUGCUGCAGCUGCCGCUCGGGUUCUUGUAUGUGCAUCACACGUACGUGCCCGCGCCACCUUGCACAGACUUCGUGCAAUGCGCAGCCAACAUGCGUUCCAUGCAGCGCUUCCACCAGAAGACACGCGGCUGGAGCGACAUCGGCUACAGUUUUGUGGUAGGCUCUGACGGCUACGUGUACGAGGGCCGGGGCUGGCAGUGGGUGGGCGCGCACACUCUUGGCCACAACUCCCGCGGCUUCGGCGUGGCCUUUGUGGGCAACUACACCGCGGAGCUGCCAGCCGAAGACUCGCUGCGUACGAUGCGCGACGUGCUCCCGCGCUGCGCGGUGCGUGCUGGCCUCCUGAAGCCGGAUUACGCGCUGCUCGGCCACCGCCAAUUGGUGCACACCGACUGCCCUGGAGAUGCCCUCUUCAACCUGCUGCGCACCUGGCCCCACUUCGCUACUAAUGUGAAACCAAAAACUGCCAGGAGGGCACCCAGGAGAUCCAGGCAGGAACAACCCAUAAUGAUCGUACGAGACACAGACCUCCAAUAAAGCAAGCC